UACGUUCGGAUAUGGUUGAUGUGCCGGCUCAGCAGGCCGCCGGAUCCACGUUGCCAUUGGUGUUGACACGAAAGAAAGGCGACGAAGAGGAUGUCAAUUACAAUCCGUUCGAGCACCGGAAAGUGGAUCAUCCGACCUCCGACAUAGAGACCUUCGUGCAUCUGCUGAAGGGCUCACUCGGUUCGGGUAUCCUUGCCAUGCCUAUGGCCUUCAUGAAUGCCGGUCUAUGGUUCGGUUUGGUGGCCACCUUCGCUGUCGGCACCCUCUGCACCUACUGCGUACACAUACUCGUCAAAUGCGCGCACAUACUUUGCCGGCGACGUAAGAUCCCCAUGAUGGGUUUCGCCGAUGUGGCCGAGCAAGCCUUCCUCGACGGUCCGCCCGGUUUGAAUCGCUGGUCUCGUUUCAUCCGUUUCAUAGUGAAUGUUUUCCUGGUGAUCGAUUUGAUUGGCUGCUGUUGCAUUUACCUCGUAUUUGUCGGCACGAACGUGAAGGCGGUGUUGGAUGAGUACAUGGCGGAAGCGUUGAGCAUACGUGUGUGGAUUGUGAUUGUCACCUGUCCACUGCUGGUAAUGUGCCUAAUUCGCAACCUGAAAUUCUUGACACCCUUCUCGAUGUUCGCCAACGUGCUGAUGUUCGUGGGCAUUGUGAUUACAUUCAUCUAUGUGUUUGACGAUUUGCCAGCACCCGACGAACGCGAUGGCAUUGUGGCACCAGUGCAGUGGCCACUCUUCUUCGGCACUGUGAUCUUUGCGUUGGAAGGUAUUGGUGUAGUAAUGUCGCUGGAGAACGACAUGAAGAAUCCUUCGCACUUCAUCGGCUGUCCCUCGGUAUUGAACUUCGGCAUGGGUGUUGUCAUCUCGCUCUAUACGCUGGUUGGCUUCUUUGGCUACUUGAAAUAUGGCGCUGAUACACAGGGCAGCGUUACGCUGAAUCUGCCCAAGGAUGCGAUUUUGGCGCAAUCUGUGAAGCUCAUGAUUGCCACCGCUAUCUUCUUCACCUUCACGCUGCAGUUCUAUGUGCCAGUCAGCAUCAUUUGGAAGGGCAUUUCGCACAAAAUCUCUGAGGAGCGAAAGAACAUAAGCGAAUAUGCGCUGCGCAUUGCCUUGGUGGUGCUCUGUGGCGCUAUUGCUGUUGCGUUACCCAACUUGGGUCCCUUCAUUUCGCUGAUCGGCGCUGUGUGCCUUAGUACGCUCGGCAUGAUCAUACCGUCGAUCAUCGAAUUGGCUGUGUAUCGCGAGGAACCCGGCUACGGGCGCUUCAAGUGGCGCUUGUGGAAGGACAUCGGCCUGAUUAUCUUCGGCAUUGUCGGCUUCGUCACUGGCCUGUACGUGAGCAUACUCGAGUUCCAUGCCGAGUUCAGUGGCGGCCAUGUUGGAGGCCACUCCUCAUAGAUCGCACAUGGCUUAGCGUCGUGACCUGCAGUAUCACAAAAUCAUAAAAUUAAUAAUGAGCGAUAAUAAUACAUAAUGAUAUACAUACAUAUACAUACAUAUAUACAUACUUAGAUUUAGUUACGUAGUGUAGAAUUCGAAGUAAAACGAAUUAAACCAAUUGCAACUUUAUGUUAAUGCGCGGAGACUUUGCAUAUCGGCAAGAUGAUUUUAACAAAACCAAUAUAAGCGAAAUUUUCAAGUUAACAAAUUUUCAGAAAAAAAAACGUAGCAAUAUAAGCAAAGAAAUUAACAGUAACUAUUUGCAUAACUAAGAAACAAAACAAAAAUCUUGCACAAAACCCAAAAAAAAAAAAAAACAGAACAGAGAUGAAAAUUGAACAAAUUACCGUUGAAGUUUGUAGCGAGAAUUGCAAUGGGCUAAACAGUUGAUCUACAUAUUAUGUAUAGUAAUCUAAGAUUUUUAUUUAGUUUGUAACGAAAAAUGUUUGUAUGUAGGAAUUUUAGUUUCAGUUGCCGCCGCCCAACAGCAACAGCUGGCUUGCCAACGGCGAGCGGGCGCGGCAACGGGAGAGUAGUAACCAGGUAGUCGUAAUAAUGUAGUAUUUUUUGUUCCUUCGCCGGCCGCGUCCGACUGUGCCCGGCUGGCGAACUGCAAUUGGUCUGUGAAGCUUUGUUUUUUCUUUUGUGUCUGCAAAGAAACAAAGAAUUUAUUAUUAUUUCAAUUAAUACUAAUUUACUAAACAUUUUUUUUUUUUACCGAAGUAUUCACUUUGUGUGGUUAACAUGGCUGUUAGCGCAGAUUACCGAUUACAGAUAGUCUGUGAAAAUAUUUUAAAGUAAAAUUAAUGGAAAUGGAAGAAUGCUUUAAUUUAUGAAGUACCCAAUAAUUGUAGCCGGAAUUGUGACUAUGCAGUGACGUCCUUAAAGUUUAUUUCAUACAUACAUACAUACAUACUUAAUUAUUUGAUGGCUACCCUGCAAACCUAGUAGGGAAAUCUUAAAGAAUAAAAAAAAAAAAAAAAAUAGGUGUCUGAAAUGAAAUGUAGUUUGAUACUUUUCAAAAUUUCGGAGGAAAAUUGGUAAAGUAAUGAUAAUAGUGCUGCGCUGGGAAGAAUUCUUUCAGAAAUCGUACAGAAAUUUCUUUUCGAUUUUCUUUGAAAAUUCGUAAGCAAAUCGUUACAGAAUUCGUAAGACAUUUCUGAUACUCUUAAAUAUUUCGCUAAGAUUUCGGAAACUUUGGUUUGCGGGGUAAUUUCGCUGCUUUUAGUUCAACAUAGAGACGUUUUGCUUUUAGUUUUGAAUAUGAAAAAAAAAACAAAAACUUUACUCGUAUUUGUCAGUUAUAAGCAUAGAAAGUGGUUUCGUAAACGAAUGAAUUUAUUGUAUUUUGCCUUCGACGCGUUUGACGCCAGCGAGUAGCGAGCAGCGAGCAGCAAACGUGGCCACAUGACAAAUUUACUAACUUAUUUUAAAGUAUCUAUUGUACUACUACAUAAAUAUUGAUUGUUGCAAAUGUUCCUAACACUAACACACACACACUUGUGUUGUUAAUAUUUUAAAAUAAGUCAUUCAGGGUUUUCGCAAAGUUACAACACAUUCUCACCACUUAACACACACGCACACAUAUAAACAUACAAAAGUAUAUGCGCGUGUAUACAGCAUUGGCAAAAAGUAAGGGUUAAGUUCAAGAUACAACAAC